AUGGCGGUGAUCUCCCCCCAGACAGCCUCUGUUCUCACGGGCUCCUGCGGUCUGUUUCUGAUCGCCCUCUUGACCUCCCCGGCUGUCCGGGCCACCGCAGCGCGCCUCGUCUCGAAACGACCUGAGAGCGCAUCGGACGCGACGCGACAAUUGUACCAGGAUGAGGACGGCACCGCCACCGAGGAAUCCGUCAAGGCAUUCUCUGAUAAGAUCCAGCGACUCUCCAUCGCUGUUCUCUCUGCCAUUGGCUUUCUGGCUUCCCUGGCACAGGCUGUCCUCGUGACGCUCCAGCUUCCCAGGGGCUUGUUCGUUGAGCAUUGGCUUCAAUUCGCCGGCUGGUUUCUCCUAGCCGCCCACGUAGUCGCUCUCUUCUCAGAGCCUUCGUCCACCAAAAGAUUCAGCCUGGGUAUCUACGGUUUCCUCGCCACUGUCCUCUCAAUUGCGAUUCCUGUCGCUGAAAUCAUCCUCCUAUGGCCUACGGGAAGGCUCCACGGCUUGGGCCCUGUCUACACCGGCCUCCUCGUCGCCCAGCUUGUCGCCGCCUUCUUCACCAGUCUGCUGUACAUUCUUCUCCCCCGCCGUCCCGAUGUCUUCCGCGACGGAAAGCCCGUGGAUCGCCAAUUCACUGUCCCGCUCCUGGGCCGUCUCACGUUUGCCUGGGUGGACCCGCUCUUGAAAUUUGCCAUUCGGAACAGGGGCCUCGAGAUCGACAAUCUUCACGUCGUCGAUAAUGCUACGAGAUCCAUCAACCUGCGGGCCAAGCUGGAGAGAGUGAAAGGAUCGCGCAGGCUGUGGAAGGCGCUUUUCAUCACCUAUUGGCGGGCCCUGGUCAUGCAGCAGAUCCUGACGCUCCUGAAUGCGUUCCUGAGUUUCUCGCCCCAGAUGGCUCUUCUUGGCAUACUGAGGUCGCUGGAAGCUCGUGAAAUCGGAACCGAGGUGCCGUGGGAAACCUGGGGCUGGGUGCUCGGUCUCGGCUUGCUCAUGAUGUCCUCAUCCGCCAUCGAGGCUUGGCUGUUCUGGCUGGUCUGGAGCAAGCUCGCCAUUCCGGUCCAGGAACAACUGGCGGCAGUGGUGUUUGCCAAGUCGAUGCGGCGAAAAGACGUGAAGGGGAGGAAGAAGGCCAAUUCUGAUGACGAAUCGGACCCCCUCAUCCAGGCCGUCGGCGAAGGAGAUGAUGACGAGGCGAACCUGCAGAAGACUCGCCAGAGUAUCAUUAACCUGGUCGCAGUGGACUCGAAGCGGAUUGCCGAGUGUGCCGCAUGGAACUAUCUGUUGCCCUCGGCGUUGCUGAAACUGGGCAUUGCCUGUUUCUUCCUCGUGCGACUCCUAGGCUGGAGAGCGACCCUCGCUGGGUUGUCCGUGUCGGUGAUCGUCACGCCUGUCAACAUCUACGCCGCGCAGAAGUAUUCCGCUGCCCAGGGCGAUCUCAUGAAGUACCGCGACCAGAAGAUGGCCGUCCUGACCGAAGUCCUGCAAGGCAUCCGGCAGGUCAAGUUCUCCGCGCUAGAAGGCCCGUGGCAAAAGAAGAUCAUGGAUAUCCGAGCCACCGAACUGCUCGCGCAGUGGACCGCGUUCAUGUAUGAUAUCACUUUGAUUACCAUCUGGAUUCUGGGCCCCAUCAUGCUCUCGGCCGUGUCUUUGGCCGUCUACGCGCUGAUCAACGGCGAACUGAGUGCAUCCGUGGCCUUUACGUCGAUCUCGAUCUUUGGAUCCCUGGAGAUGUCUCUUGCCGUUCUGCCAGAGCUGAUCUCGGACUUUAUCGAGGGAUGGACCAGCCUGGGUCGCAUCGACAAACAUCUAGAUGCAGCGGAAAAGACGCAAGCGACCAUUCCUGCGGAUUCCGUAUCGUUCGAAGGAGCUUCGGUUGCGUGGCCGGCAGACGAAGAUACCCCGCUCGAGGAACGAUAUGUGCUGCGCAACCUCAACAUGAAAUUCCCCGACAAGGGUCUCACGGUGAUCUCGGGGAAAACGGGUUCAGGGAAAAGUCUCCUCCUCGCUGCCAUCCUGGGAGAAUGCGACAUCUUGGAUGGCGUCGUCAAGGUGCCGCAGCCACCUGCUCUCGAGGAUCGAUACGAUGAAUUUGCAAACAGCGACAACUGGAUUAUCGAUUCUGCGAUCGCCUAUGUCGCCCAGACGCCGUGGAUCGAAAACGCGAGCAUCAAGGACAACAUCCUGUUCGGUCUCCCGUAUAACGAGACGCGCUACCGCAAGGUGUUGUUUGCCUGCGCCUUGAACAAAGAUCUGGAAAUGCUCCCCGAUGGCGAGUUGACCGACAUUGGCGCGAACGGCAUCAACCUGAGCGGGGGACAGAAGUGGCGCGUUUCCUUCGCACGAGCGCUCUACUCUCGCGCGGGCAUUCUGGUGAUGGACGACAUUUUCAGCGCGGUGGAUGCGCACACGGGCCGCCAUCUGUACGAGCACGCCCUGACCGGCGAACUGGGUCAGAACAGGACGCGAAUCCUGGUCACGCACCAUGUCGCCCUGUGUCUGCCGCGCACGGACUACUCGGUCUUCUUGGAGAACGGCACGGUUCGACAUGCUGGAACCAUCGAGGAGUUGAGGAAGACGGACAGUCUGAACUCCAUCUUGACCAAAGAGCAUGAAGCCGGGGAUUCUGGUAGCAGAACGCCGGUGGCAGACGAUGAGGAGCUGUCGAACGAAGACGGCGCGUCGCUUCAGAAGAUUAAGAGUUCUGCCGUGGACAACAACAGCAACGACAACGAAGCCACCAAGCGCAAAGUGCCGCGCAAGUUUGUCGAGGACGAGAAGCGGGAAAUCGGGUCUAUUCGACUGGCGAUAUACAAGAAAUACUUCCAGACCGGUGGAAGCGUUCCGUUCUGGUUUAUGGUGUUCCUCUUAUAUGUCUCCUACAUGGUGAUUCUGGUCGGAAGGUCAUGGUGGGUGAAUAUCUGGACGGGCUCGGCCAGCGCCGAGUCGCAUUCCCCCCAGUAUUAUCUGUCUGUUAUGAACCAGGCAAUCAGCCAGGUCACCGUCGCCCGCACCGAUAGCGACCUCUGGUUCUAUCUCGGCGUCUACGUCGCCCUGUCUGUGAUCGCCUGCGUCCUGGGAACACUGCGGUACUACUGCAUCCUGUCUGCGUCUAUCCGCGCGUCGCGCAACCUGUUCAACCAGCUGACAUACGCGGUCCUGCGGGCGCCGCUCCGAUGGCUGGACACCAUGCCCGUCGGCCGGAUUCUGAACCGGUUCACGGCCGACUUCCACCUGAUCGACUCGCGGCUGGGCUACGAUGUGGGCUUCAUGGCGUACCACGUGCUGGAAGUCCUGGGGAUCAUCAUCGCGGGCGUGCUCGUCUCUCCGCUGCUGAUCGUCUUCGCCGUCGUCCUUCUCGGGCUGUGUCUCCAUUUCGCGGUGCGCUAUCUGGCCGGCGCGCGCGAGAUCAAGCGGCUGGAGAGCAACGCCAAAAGCCCCAUCUUCGAGCAGUUUGGCUCUGCGCUCGCGGGGCUGGGCACCAUUCGUGCUUUCACCAAGGUGGAAACCUACAUCCACCGCAUGUACGGCCUGAUCGACCGCCAUGCGCAAGCCUGGUGGCAUCUGUGGCUCUUCAACCGCUGGUUCAGCUUCCGGAUGAACCUCAUCGGGGCGCUGUUCUCGAUGAUCACGGCGGCACUUAUCGUGUCGAUCCGCGGGAUGCGAGCGUCCCUGGCGGGUUUUGCACUCAGCUUCGCGCUGCAGUACACGGGAGCCAUCUCGUGGUCGCUGCGUCAGUACGCGAACGUCGAGCUGGAGAUGAACGCCACCGAGCGCGUGGUGGAGUAUUCCAACAUCGCCAUCGAGAACCAGGGCGGCGAGGACGUGCCAGCCGCCUGGCCGACGGAGGGCAAGCUCGAAGUCGAGAAUCUGGUCGUGGGCUACGCGCCCGAUCUGCCCCCGGUGUUGAAGGGCCUCAGCUUCCGGGUAGAGAAGAACCAACGCGUCGGGGUCGUUGGUCGCACGGGCGCGGGCAAGUCGUCGCUGACGCUGGCCCUGUUCCGCUUCCUCGAAGCCCGCGAAGGGCGCAUCAUCAUCGACGGAAUCGAUGUGUCGAAGAUCAAGCUGCACGAUCUCCGGAGCCGGCUGGCCAUCAUCCCGCAGGAUCCGGUGCUGUUCUCGGGCACGAUCCGCUCGAAUCUGGACCCGUUUGACGAGUACAGCGACGAGGAGCUUUUCGACGCGUUGGAGCGCGUGCACUUGAUUUCGAGAGACGGCAGCGCCGAUUCCAGCGGAACAGCCACACCAGCCUCCUCUUCUCCUUCAAUCAAAAACGCCAACAUCUUCCAGUCGCUUCAAUCACCCAUCUCCGAAGGCGGCCUGAACCUGUCCCAGGGACAGCGCCAACUCCUCUGCCUAGCGCGCGCCAUCGUCUCCCGACCAAAAAUCAUGGUCCUCGACGAAGCCACAUCAGCAGUAGACAUGGCCACCGACGCACUAAUCCAACGCUCCAUCCGAAGCGAAUUCGGGCGCAACGCGACAACGCUGCUGGUGAUCGCGCACCGGCUCAGCACGAUCGUCGAUUUCGACCGUAUCCUGGUCAUGGAUGCUGGCCGAGCGGUUGAGUUUGGUACUCCGCGUGAGCUGAUGGGUAUUGAGGGAGGGGUGUUUCGGUCGUUGGUGGAGGAGAGUGGGGAGAGGAGGGUUUUGGAGGAGAUUAUUUUUGGUGGGAACAAUAAUAGGUAG